UAUCCCCCCUCUCUUGCUCGCUAUCCUGUCGUUCCCCUCUCGCUGAGAGGGUUUUUGUGACUCCUAGCUGGCAUUUCCCCGAGAAUUACGCCGGGCUGUUUCUUUAGCUUGUUUGGAUACCCCCAAUACAUUUAUAUUCACCGUCUUUUCGACGUGUUUUUGCUACCAUUUUCUCUCUCUUCGCUAUAUCUCUACAUUCUUGUGUAUUUGCUUUGUUUUCACGCUUCUUGAGACUGCGAAAUGAGUUCUCCUCAGAAAUGUGCUGCUGUGGUGGUGGGAGCUGGUCCAGCUGGUCUGGCCGUCAUUGGCAAUCUUCUGGAGAGACAACUUGGGCAGAUUGCCUGGGUCGAUCCGUACUUCCAGGCUGGACGUGUGAACAGGAAAUACCGCGAAGUUCCCAGCAACACCAAGGUCUCUCUUUUCCAAGCAUAUGGCACGGCAGUCCAGCCAUUCCGAACGGUUAUCAACAAUACCCAGAUUCCCAACGCAUUCUCUACGUUGGCCAAACUCGACCAGACAAAGACCUGUCAUCUGCAUCAUGCGGCAGACAUGGUAAAGGCACUCACCGACGGUGUUGUUAAGAUGGAGCAGGUCUACCAAUAUGAGGGAGUUGUCACUGCGGCCAAUUUGUCUGAUAAGUCCUCCACCUGGACGGUUCGAGUCAAGCGCCAGGGCUCUCUGAACGAAGUCGAAAUCAUGACCUCCCGGCUCAUCCUGUGCACGGGAGCGUCACCAACAUUCCUUCCAGUCCCCGUGUCCGGACUCAACAUCCAACCGUUAGAUCUCGAUGUAGUACUGAAACCCAGCGAACUCACCUCGCAUCUUCCUCGGGAGAUCCCUCAAACUGUCGCAGUGGUCGGUGCCUCACAUAGUGCCAUUUUGGCCCUGUUGAACCUAGUAGAUCUCGCUCGCACUUCCCACCCCAAACUCCGUGUCAAAUGGUUCACCCGCCACCCUCUCCGCUAUGCAGAGUAUAUGGACGGCUGGAUUCUCCGAGACAAUACCGGCCUCAAGGGUUCAGCGGCCGAAUUUGCUCGUCAACAACUGGAAGACGAAGCUCUGCCCAAAUCUGAGGCCGGUAAAUUUAUCACCAAGGUCGACUGCAGUGACGGCAAGGAAUUGACGCAGUAUGAAAAGCAUCUGCCCUCCUGUGCACAUAUCGUCCAAGCCGUGGGAUUUACACGAGAUCCUUUGCCAGAAAUGUCCAGAAACGGUCUCGCAUUUGAGCCCAAGUUUGACCAUGAGUCGGGCGGCUUUCACGACGAGAGCGGCCAAGUUGUUCGUGGCUUGUACGGUGCGGGAAUUGCAUUCCCUGAGCGGGUGGUUGAUCCUUAUGGCACGGUUGAGUAUGCCGUUGGAUUCUGGAAGUUUAUGAAGUUUAUCAACCGUGCUUCCCAGCAGUGGACAGCUGCAUAGAUUAGCAUUGUUUUGGUUUUGGCUUGGUAUAUGAUUCCCUCGACGGUUUGACGGUAUAUGAUUCCAUUAUUAUUCGGUUAGUUUGUUUU